AUGUGCGACCCUGACUUUAGGAGACGCCGCAACACCGAUGAAAGGGAUGCAUCUUCGUCACCGGUGAUUGAGCAAGCCACGGUGUUGAAGUCCUCAUUAGGCACGGGAGAUGACUUGAUGUGCACAGGAGAGCAGCAGUUUCUCCUACAGACAGCGCGAGCUUGGACAGAGGGUCCACAUGAACGCACAGUUGUCAGGCUUCUCUUGGACGGUGGUAGUCAGCGAACCUUCAUCCAUCGCAACCUAUCCGAAAAGCUGCAGUUAAAAGUGCUGGGAGAAGAUGAACUUAAAAUAUUUGCAUUUGGUGAGCAAUCAGCCAUAACGUGCACAAAAACGCGUCGAGUGGAGCUGUGGCUCAGAAGCCAGUACGACGGAAAAGGGGUGCGAGUGGAAGCGCUGGAAGUUCCUUGCAUCUGUGCAGAUAUCAUGGCUGCUCCAUCAAAUUCUGUUCUGCUUGAACUUUCAAAAUUUCACUUCCAAGUCGCAGACGCCUCGCAGGGCGGCGAAAGUGAAAAUAUUGACCUUUUGAUUGGCGCUGAUCAUUACUGGGAAAUUGUCACGGGAUCCACUAAGCGUCUCAGCUCCAAAUUGAUGGCAGUGGAGACUGUAUUCGGAUGGACAGUCCAGGGCCAGGUCGGCACAAGGAAGUCAACAGGAGUCUGCUCCUCGGCUGCUGGCGUGAUGCGGAUAGGAGUGAGUGAACAAAUUUACAAGGAAAUAUCAGCACAGCUAAAGUCUUUCUGGGAGCUCGAGCACAUCGGUAUCAAGGAACAUGAGCCAGUUCGUCACGAGGACGCAGUCCUUCAGCACUAUAAAGAAACCGUCAACUUUGAGAAUGGCCGUUAUAAGGUGUCGUUCCCUUGGAAUUCGAUGGUUUACGAGCUUGGCGACAACUACGAGUGCGCUGCAAGGCGUCUUAAAGCACAGACAAAGCGCCUCUUGGAGGGAGAUUCGUUGAUUAGGGAAUACGACGCCUGCAUAAGAGACUACAUAGAAAAGGGCUAUGCAGAGCGAGCCAGCAAGGAUUACUGCACGUCGGAAGGUCCGGUGUACUAUAUGCCACAUCAAGCAGUUGUUCGUCGCGAAAGCCAGACGACAAAACUGAGGGUAGUAUUCGAUGCAUCAUCAAGUGCCAAAAAUCGCCUCUCACUGAACAGUGUUUUGGAAAGUGGCCCAAACCUAAACCCAGAGCUCAUUGAUCUGCUGAUCAAUUUCCGCACUUACAACAUUGCCAUCGUUGCGGAUAUUGAAAAGGCCUUUCUCCAAAUAUCCCUCUCAGAGCGCGAUCGGAACGCUGUGCAGUUUCUCUGGUACGCUAUGACGCCAAAGAAAGGGGAAGAGCUUCCAGCUGUGGUGACCUAUCGCAUGACUCGCGUGCCGUUCGGUGUCACGUCGAGCCCAUUUCUCUUGGCUGCAACGCUGCAACAUCAUCUUGAAGGCCUGCCGGAACGGUAUGCAGAAACUGCAGGUAUUCUGCGCAAGCAUCUUUACGUGGACGACCUUGUAACUGGGGUUGACAGCCUUGACAAGGGUAAAGUCUUGUGCCAGGAAUCCAAAGAUAUAUUGUCUCAAGCAGGGAUGCGGCUACACAAGUGGAUGUCGAACGACCGCGAUCUCGUCAACUUCUUAGAGAAUAGCAAUGUGGAGAGAAGGAACGGUGAUGCUGGACAUGCUGCAGCUACAAAGGUAUUGGGAGUGGGUUGGAAUGCUCAGACUGACCACUUUGAAUACAACCUAACUUCACUCAUCGACUUCCUCUCCGCAAGAGCUGACAACAAGAGAUUUGUGCUGCAGGUCUCUGCAAGAAUUUUCGACCCUUUUGGAUUUAUUGCUCCCACAACAUUAUGCGUAAAGGUAAUGUUCCAGAAGUUGUGGGAGUUGGGAAUUGGUUGGGACGAUCCCUUGCCCGAAACAUUGCAGCCUGAGUGGGACUGCUGGUGUAGGGAGCUUCCAUGCAUUGAAGGAGUGUCUAUUCCAAGACUGCUAGCGGCAGACUUUAGAAACGAUCUUACGGAGAAAGUGGUGCAUGUUUUCUGUGACGCAAGCCCGAAGGCCUAUGGUGCUGUCGCAUAUAUCGUGACCAAGUCUCCGUUCGGACUAACAAAUGUCAGCUUGGUCAUGGCUAAAUCAAGAGUGGCCCCUUUGAAACGCCUCUCGCUACCCCGAUUGGAGCUGAUGGGAGCCCUUAUUGGCGCGCGACUAUGCCACUACGUUGCCAAGGCCUUGGAUCUGAAGGGCGUUGCUACCAUCCUCUGGACUGACUCUACAGUAGCUAUGUACUGGAUCAAGGGAAACGCUGCCAGAUGGAAGCCCUUCGUGGCAAAUCGAGUCUCAGAGUUGCAGGCGCUGACAGAUCCCAGGGAUUGGAGACACUGCCCAGGCUCAGACAACCCCGCUGACCUAAUCACCCGCGGCAUUCUCCCAUCGGCCCUGCGGGAAAGCGAACUGUGGUGGAAAGGACCCCGUUGGCUUCAGGAGGAUGACACGUGUUGGCCAACGAUAAGUGAGCCGAGCUCGAAGGUUGGGGAGUGCCAAAUGGAAGAGCGAAAGGUGACGGUGAUGCCCAUAGUAUCAUCGUCAUCCAUGGCAAUUUUCAAUGUUGAGAAUUAUAGUUCAUUCAGCAGAGUCGUGCGAGUAACCGCGUGGGUCCGCCGCUUUGUCGACAACUGCCACAACAAAGAAGGAAGGACGACCGGCCCAUUACGAGCUGAGGAAGUAAUCAGCGCCGAAAGAUACUGGUUGGCUGAAGCUCAAGAAGAUGCGUUCAGCGACGACAUUUCAAACCUGAAGAAUCAAAGACCGCUGCACAAGAGCUCUCCUGUUUUGCCUUUCAACCCGUACUUCGACAAAGAGGGCCUCAUGCGAGUUGGUGGACGCUUGCAAUUCAGUGAUAACAACGAAGAGACUAAGCAUCCCAUCGUUCUCCCUGGCAAGCACCCCCUCACGUCACUGCUCAUAUGGAAGGAACAUUUGAGAAUGCUGCACGCGGGCGUACGGGACACUCUAGCACAGCUGCGAGAAUCGUAUUGGAUUAUUCGAGGACGUCAGGCCGUAAAGAAAAUUAUCAAGCUGUGCCUCGUCUGUCACAAGCAAAGUUGCCCUCCCGCUACGGAGCCAGUAGCACCACUUCCAGCUGACAGAGUGACAAAGGGAAACCCGUUCGACAUCGUUGGCAUCGAUUUUGCAGGGCCCUUGAUUUGUCAACAGUCACGCGACAGCAAAAAAUGCUACAUCGCUAUUUUCACCUGUGCUGUGACACGUGCCGUCCACCUUGAGCUCGUCAGCGACCUGUCGGCUACAGCCUUCCUCUUGGCCUUUAAACGCUUUGUGGCACGUUGUGGAAUUUGCUCGACGGUGUAUUCGGACAACGCGCUCACAUUCAAGCAUGCAGCCAGGGAUCUAAAAGCAAUGUUCAGGCUGUUGCAAGUCGAGGAAUUGCAGUCAUACUUCGCCGGAAACCUGAUCAGAUGGAAGUUUAUUGUUGAACGGGCAGCUUGGUGGGGUGGAUUCUGGGAGCGGAUGGUGCGAUCUGUGAAAGUAGCAUUGCGAAAGGUGUUAGGUCGGAGCAGCUUGAGUUUCGAAGAACUGACCACCGUUCUUUAUGAGGUGGAGGCCGUGAUCAACUCACGCCCUUUGGCUUUCAUAUAUGAUGAUGCUCAAGAGCCAGAACCACUGUCACCGGCUCAUUUCCUUGUCGGAAGAAGGUUGACGACCCUUCCUCCACACCUGCUGCCGGACGAAAUUGCUGGCGGUGGCAUGCAUCUCUCACGACGCUGGAAGUACCGGACUGCCAUGGCCGACAGUUUCUGGAGACGGUGGCGGAAAGAGUACUUAUUGGAGCUCAGAUCGGCACAUAUGUGCCCACCAACGACAUCGAGUGAUCUGAAGAAAGGCGCAUUGGUGCUGCUGAGGGAAGACCGCUUGAAACGCCACAUGUGGAAGACCGCCAGAAUUAAGGAAACAUUGAAGGGUAGAGACGGCAGGGUGCGGUCCUGCAAACUGGUAUUAAGUGGGGGAACUGAGGUGAAGCGACCGAUACAGCUGCUGUAUCCCUUGGAGAUUGUAGAGCAAUGA